UUUGAUUACUUCCGGGGCACCUCUGUGUAUCCAGAAGUUCACAAACCUCUCAGUUUGUGAUUUCCCCAGCACGAUAGAGACAACAUUUGAAUAAUUUGGUUGCAAACCGUGGUUGGAGUGCUCCAUUCCACCCUUCCCUGUUUCUGACUGACUCAAUCGUGAUGACAGAACCACACAGCCCUAUCUCUGCCUCCGUCCCCCAGACAACCCCAGGCAUCAUCAUGCCCCCAGCCGACGGCAGCGGCACAGCGGUGGAGAUGGACCCUGUGGAGUACACACUCCGCAAGCGUCUCCCCAGGAAGCUGCCCAAGCGCCGCAACGACGUGUACGUCAACAUGAAGACAGACUUCCGGGCCCAGUUGGCCCGCUGCCAGAAGCUGCUGGAGGGAGGAGGCCACAGGGAGAUCUGCGUCCAUGGUCUGGGCCUGGCCAUCAACAGGGCCAUCAACAUCGCCCUGCAGCUCCAGGCCAGCAGCCAGGGGGCACUACAGCUGGCGGCCAACACGUCUACAGUAGAGCUGGUGGACGAUCUGGAGCCUGAGGACCCGGACGAGGCGGGGGAGCCCAUGACACGCACUCGGAAUAAUUCGGCUAUUCAUAUCAAAGUGUUCUACCCAGACCCACAGUGACCCGAAACGCAUCACCAUCAGUCCUAGCUUGGAUAUGGCUAGCUACCUCCAUUGUCAUGGUGUCUGUAAUAUAGUAAUGGAGGCUAGUCAUACAGGGUGUAUCUCACCUGGUUAAUCCCGCCGGCUAUCCUAACCCUCUGCGGUGGCUGUUAUCCAGAUGUGGGUAAUAAUGAGAAGUGUCUAUGAACUGAGCUGAUUUCAGAGCUUUUGGAAGCUCUUUCUCAGCUUUGUCAUUUUGUUAUGCAUGUCAGUCAGAGCAGUGUAUUUGUUAGUAUCGAGAUGUGACGUUUCAUGCCAUCAUUUCCAAUCCCUCACUGCCUGAUAUUUUUUUUGAAACUCCCAUAUGAAAUGGGACAGACCACACUAAGGCUGCAUUUACACAGGCAGCCCAAUUUCUGAUAUUUUUUUGACCAAUCACAUCAGAUAUUUUCGCAUCAGCUCUUUUCAGAAUGGAUCUGAUUGGUCUUAAGACCUUACAUAAAACCUUGUCGAUUUUUUUUAAGUGUAAACACUGAAUAUUAGUUGACUAUGGGAAUUAAAUAAUAUUUUUUUGUAAUUUGCUGGUCAGAUUUAAGUUGACCAACUAUAUAUGCAAUUAUGCAUUUUACCUACCAAUGCCAUACAUCGACAUCCAAACUCUGUCAAGUCAGUAAAUGUUCGUUUUUUUACGUCAUACAAAUUUAUGUUUUUUGCUUCAGUAUUUGAAUGUAUAUACAGUAUUUAUUGUACAUGUGUAAUAAAAUAAGAAAAGUACAGAA